UCUGAGUAUGGAAGAACUUCUAAAUAAAUUAGUUGAUGCCUUACAUGGCCACAAAAAAGAAGAUUUAAAAGCAGUUUUAUUGAAAUUAUUCCAAUCAGUAACAAUAACUGCAACACACAAGCAAAAGAAAAAUUAUACAAAAUUAGUAAUUGCAACAAUAUGUGCAAUAAUUGGUGUAAUUUGGUACAUUUUACCUUACUGCAAUCACGAAAAUUGCUUUUUAGAGAUGCCAUCUGAUUUAAAUAAAAUAUUUCGACCACCAGAAAAUUGUAAUUUUUGCCGUAAUGUUAAGAAUAUUGAAAGGAUUUCUGGAAUAUCACCUGAAGAAUUUGAAGAAAAGUUUGCUUACACAGCUCGGCCCGUAAUAAUUACAGAUGCCACCAGAAAUUGGACUGCAUUAGAUGUAUUUCAUUUUUAUUAUUUUAAAGAAGUAUAUACGAAUGCGUUCCGGAAACAAAAGAAAAUUAAUUGCCAAUUUUUCCCAUAUAAAACUGAAUUUCGUAGUUUGAUUGAAGCUUUAAAUAUGCCACAUAACAGAAUAAAUUUUGAACCCGGCACAAAACCAUGGUAUUUUGGAUGGAGUAAUUGUAAUUCGGAAGUGUCUGAAAUUUUAAGGCAACAUUAUGAUAGACCAUAUUUCUUACCUAAAUUAUCAGAAAAUGCUGUCACAGAUUGGAUUUUCAUGGGCGGAUCAGGUUUUGGUGCUCAUAUGCAUGUUGAUAAUGUUAGAUUACCGUCUUGGCAAGCCCAAUUAAAAGGCUCUAAGGAAUGGGUUUUAGCUCCUCCACCUGAAUGUUAUUUUGAAUGCACCAGUUUUAGUACUGUUGUAAAAACUGGAGAAAUAAUAGUUCUAGAUACAAAUAAAUGGUUCCAUAUGACAAAUGUGCAACCAGGAGGUUUAAGCAUUACAAUUGGAGCUGAGUAUGAUUAGAUUUUGUGAUGAACUAUUUGUAUAAGUAAAUACAAGCGU